AUGCCUGUCGCUCUAAAGUAUAAGGUGAUGGACUGCCCAACGGCUUACAUGUGGACCAUCACCAGACUCACGCCCGGAUGCAGCCAGCCACGUCGAGUAGAGCGUGAAGAGGAGUAUGUGAGAUGCCAGCAGCUCUACAAGCUCGGGGUGCCUCUUUACACCCGUGAGGCUAUCUUGAACGCGUACGCUCAGCUGAAGACAUGUAAACUGGGUGAUAUCAUCAAUAUCACAGGCAUAGAUGGCACGAGUGUCGACUGGAUCAUCUGCACUGGCAAAAUUUGGGUUGAUCCAAACGGGGCCGAGCAUCAACUACUUGAGCCACGCCUGUGCUAUAUCCCCAUCCAGGCGCUUGAAAGCUGGGAUGUGCCUUCCCCACUGUACACGAUUCCCUGCAGCCUUCGCAUCGCUCACCGACUCGUCACGCGCGACCCGAUCACCAAGGGGCUCGAAGAACAUCCAUCGCUCAACUUCGAGGAGGUCCGGAUGAACUUCUUCACCUCCCUCCACUUCUUGCGCAACGGGCCCCACUACAAGCUACUCCGUCUUCAGUUGAACGACUACCCCAAGCUGCCGCGUAUCACCAAGAUCAUUGGCUUCAGCUGCGGCAGUAUGGUCCGCAAAUUGGAGGGCCGGGAGUGCCUGAACGCGCGCUCUCGCUUCCAGCACGCCUUCCUGAUCGCGCUGAAGGAGUACCUUGACGCCCGCAACUUCGAGACCACCGGCCAGGAGGUGCGCCUGUACGUGCAGGACGACACCUACCUGGAGAGGGAUAUCGCCAUCAUCCGCCAGUUCGGCUUGCAGGUCCUGCAGAACCCGGAAGGCUUUCUCGUCGUCGAUGAGGAGACGCUCGUGUUCUCGUGUCGGCCCGAUACACCCGUGCGGCAGGUCGUGGCGGACCUGGCCUUGCCGGCGAUGAUGCUUUGGGAUCAUGAGAGGGAUCCAACAAAGGUCAAUGGGAGACUUGGACAACUCAUUUACGAUCCCUGGUCCCCUCGUCUCGACGCACUGAUGCGCUUCUACCAUGUGCAGGAUUUUCACAACGAUGGGAUUCAUUUCGAAAAGAUGGAUAUGUGCAUUCGUCGCCCGAUGGCGGAUUUGUUUCAGGAGGUGAAUGAUGAUAAUGCUGGUAACGCUGCGGUUGACGCUCGGCCAGUCGCGUGA